GCUGUUGGUAAUUUGCAUGUUUCUUUACCAUGGCCUCAGAUCCUCAGCAUAUGGAAUAUAUUUCUUGUCUUAAAAAUAUGAGCUUGUGAAGGAUAAAUAAUCUGUUGGUUGUAUGGUGUCAUGGGUUGAACCAUUUACUUUUAUUUUAUGUAGUUGAGCUUGUAUUCUGAGUGGGCUAGCCCAAGGCUCUUUAGGGCUUUUUUGUUCUAUAUAUAGUUGUAUAUCUACAUUUGGAAAGAGGACGAUGAAUGGAAUUGAAAUUGAGGCUUUGGCUUGCACCCAUCGUUUUCUCCCCUUCUCCUGGAAUCUCUGCUUCUCCCGUGGCUUCUUUCCCUUUCUUCUUCUAAUUCUUCUUCUCUACUGCUUAACUCUUCUUUUUCUCUAUUUUCUUGUUCUUAUCUUUCAUCACUUAAUCCCUCCCCAUUCUCCUUUUAUCUUAAUUUGGUUCCAAGUUCAGCUAGAUUACUUCAUUGUUUGAGUUGUGUGAGUGGAUGGUUGCGAAUUGAGGUUUAAUUCAUGACAAAAUGGUAUCAGAGCAGCUACAAUCUUUGGGUGUCUCUCGAUUGCAUAUCAUCAGGGAAGAUUUUAAUAGAAUCCAUGAGCAGAUGAUUUCAAUGUUGAUUGAAAUUAUUGAAGUUAAAUCAGCUUCCAGAGAUAAGUCCAACCAUUAUAGUUCUUCUGCGAAAAUGGUCGAGGCUUUGGACGUGCAAAUGGGUGAUUCGGGUUCUGAAUUAGAAGAGGGCCGAGUCAAGCAGGUUAGUUCAUCUGAUUUGAGCAUAGAUGAUGAUUCAGUUGAUGCAACUACCAAGUUUGUGUUGAAGAUUAUUCUUCUUCUUAUAUAAUUCUCAUGUAUGUAAAUACGAAUUUAUUUUCGUCUAAGGAGAGGCUUGCGUCUGAUUAGCUAGUUGGUGAGGCAAUAGCUUACCAAGGCAAUGCUGAUAAUUACAUAUUUUUUAUUUUGUCAGAAGUCCUAUCGAGACGGAAUUUGUAACUUGCUCUCCAUGGGGAUAGUGAAAUUAGGGUUACUCCUAAUGAAAAAGUAAAGAAUGAAAAAAAUUUGGUGGGCCAAGAGAAUGGAUUCCAUUUGAGAAAUCUUGUUUGGGGUAAAAUUAGAAGUCAGCCGCUGUGGCCUAGACAUAUUCAUAAUCCAUUGGAUGCUUUUGCUAAAGGUGAAGAUGUUGGUGUUGAGCAUAGUGAGAGUGGGAUAUAUAUGCCAGGAAUUAAUAGCAAUGAAAAUAGCGUUAAUACAACAAGCGGGCUUAAGAGAAAUAUUAGGCUGCCUAAGAUGGAUUUUCCACUUUUUGGGGGAGAAGGACCUAGGGAAUGGCUAAGGAAAGCCAUAAAAUAUUUCCAACUUCAUCAAACUCCCGAUGAACUUAGAUUGAAAGUUGCUUAGAAGUACUUGGAAGGGAAGCUUAUAUAUGGUUUUAUGGAUUCAUUGCAAGCCAUCCUAGGGUAGAUUGGAGUUUAUUCUCUGAGGAACUUUGCAGGAGAUUUUCAGAAACUAUUGAGGAAGAAGUGGUUGAGACAUUUAGCACAAUUAAGUAACUAGGACCAAAUGACGAUAAAGGCUACGAGUCUGAAGAAGAAUCAGGAAGGAAUUGAGAAUUUUGGAGAAUUGGCCUACUAUCAAAGAAAGGAAGAGUGAAGCUGAGAUAAGUUGCUGAACUGAGUGGUGUACUACAGCUAAUGUGCAUUGAAUCAUCAUUGCCUCAGGAUGGAAGCAAAGGAAGUAAAUUUGGGCAGUCUUUAAUUCAACAGACGAACGUUGUAUCCAUUUCAAUUAGGAUGGAAAAUCUGGACAGUGAAGAACAUAAGUUUUUAACGAGGUACCCAAUAGCAUUGGGAUAGAGACAAGGGAUUAAGAAGACGUUUAAAACUACUGAGUAACAUAGGAUGGAAAUUGAGUUGGGUGUGGUUGCUACUCAACUUCUACAGCAGAAAUCUGAGUCCCUUCAAGUUAGGAAUGUGAAGAUUUCCCCUGAAACUCUUAAGUUAAGGAUUUCAUAUUUGAAGACCAACUUUGGCAAGGAAGAAUCAGUGAAUGAGAUUCUUAAUGAAGCCUUAUCUUUUAAGGAAUAAAAUAAGGAUCAUUUAGGGAUUUUGUUACCAAAACUUCAGUUAGUUAUACCAGGUAGGGUUGAAAAUGAGUGGGUUGAGAGCCUUCUUAAUUGUUCUUGGAAACCAAUGGAUCUAAAUGCCACAAUCACAAUGCUCGAAGAAUGGUCAAAACAAUGGGAUUCCUCUAUUUUUGAACCUGAAAUUAAGAAUAUAGGAGAUGAAGUUUUGUCUACUUUGAGUCGACAUUCAUCAAGAGCUCAACAUCUAAAACCUUCUACCAAGAAUUCUUUUGCUAGCAAUAGAGAAUCCGAACUUAUUGGAAAAAAUGUGGGAGCUCAGAACAAGAUGGAUGAAGAAGAACGAGUCACCAGAGUUCCACAAGGCAUAUAUCACCUUGAACUACUUGCUUAAUCCAAGGGUGGUGAAGAGAAUGAUUCGGCUAAUUUCAUACAAAGAAGACAUCCUAACUCUAAACCUUGAUGAUAAGGUUAAUUUAAGGGGAAGGGAUGUCAUGGGUUGGACCAUUUUUUUUUUAUGUAGUUGGGCUUGUAUUCUUAGUGGGCUAGCCCAAAGUCCUUUAGGGUUGUUUUGUUCUAUAUAUAGUUGUAUAUUUGCAUUUGAAAAAAGGACGAUGGAUGGAAUUGAAAUUGAGGCUUUGGCUUUCAGCCAUCAUUUUCUCCCCUUCUCCCUGAAUCUCUGCUUCUCCUCUGGCUUCUUUCCCUUUUGUCUUCUACUUCUUCUUCUCUGCUGCUGUAUUCUUCUUCUUCUUCUCUAUUUUCUUAUUUUUAUUUUUCAUCUCUUAAUUUCUCCCCAUUCUCCUUUAUCUUAAUUUGGUUCCAAGUUCAGCUAGAUUACUUCAUUGUUUGAGCUGUGUGAGUGGAUGGUUGUGAAUUGAGGUUUAAUUCGUGACAUAUGGAUUUGUAUUUUACACAUGUAUAUGGUUGGAUUAUUUCUUGUGAAAACAUAUAAUUUGAAGAUAUUCUUAGUUUGGAAUGAAAGAAUGGAUUACUUUGACUGGUCUGUCACCUGUUCUAUCUAUUUAUUUUUUUGAAUGAACUUUUCUAAGAAAUAACCUGCUGAAAAACAGUGUUUCCUCAGGUACCAUCACUUUUUAAGUCCUUAUAAAGAUCCUGCUGUACUCUUAUUAAUUUUUCAUCAAUGCGGAUGGUUUGGUCAGUGAAAGUUUUCUAGGGUGAUACUCAAUGCAUUUCAUGUAAACUGUUACUGUACAUGUGUUACAAAUUGGCUUCUUAAAUUACCACUGAGCAUGGGAAUAGCAAUCUAAACAAAGGAUGAGGAAAGGUCUGACUGAAAUUGAUCGGCUUCCUUGAGAAUCAUAUGCAUAAUAUACCAUAUACCUUUGACUGUAGCAAAUUCUUUUGUGACUACGAUGUCGGAUGCAAUAUAAAAUGGACCAAGUUGGUCAUGAGAUUUAAUUAAGCACCUGUUCAAGCAGCAUUAUUUUAUGUCCUUAACUUGCUCAUCAUGGCAUGGCUUAAAAACAAGAAAAUAACUAUUCAUUUAAUCCACCUUGAACUUCUGCAUUCAAGUUGCCAAUUCAUAUUUAGUGCUUGUGUCGUGGAUUGUUUUGAGAUUUCAAUGAUUUUGAUUUAGUUUGCUCUGGUCCAGUCUUGUUAUGGUUUGGUUUGUUGCUUUCUGAAUCUUGUUACCUAGUUCAAUUAUUGGGUGGAGACUUGCUUCGACAUACUUUGAUGAAAGAUAUUUAUGAAUGUAUCCCUUGCUGAGAGAAACUCUAUAUACUAAAAGCAACGGGAAUAAAUUUGUUUUUGGUCUACCGCGCAUCAUUACUGGUCUUAUUUCAUGAUCCAUUUUUUUCAUUUUCUUCUUCAUCAUCCAACACUGACUGGAAUAGCUAGAUGGCUAAUGAUAGUAAGAUCAUCUUGAGUAAAUUGUUGGCAUUUAUCAAGGAAACAGUUACAGUUCAAAGUGAAUCUUGUUUGUUUAUUUUAUUGUGUAUAGAACAUAUCAAGUUUUCCCCCCAAAAGCUAGAUUUUAGUUAUCCAAUUUCUGAAUGGGAUUCUUUGCUUGCUGUUGAUUUGGCCAAUAAAUAAAAAAAUGGGGUUGAAGAAUAUUUCUAUGUUGUUGCAUUUGAGCAAGAUGGUUGAGAUGAUCCUGGAUUUUGAUCAACAGAGCAGGAUAUAGGAUUAAGCCAACUUUUCUUCUAUUUCUAUUGCAUGCAAGUGACAGGUCAAGAUGAUAUUGAAAUUUGAUCGACGAAGAGGGAUUCAUAGUGGUAAGGUGGUUGCCAAAUUCUGCGCUAAAUAUCUUCAUCAGCAAGUGCUCAAGCACGAAGCAUAUUUGGUUGGGGAUAUAGGGACAUCAGUGCAGAAAGCUUUUUUCAGGAUGGAUGAGAUGAUGCGUGGACAAAGAGGAUGGAGAGAAUUGGCUGUUCUAGGAGAUAAAAUAAACAAGUUUAGUGGUAUGAUAGAGGGUUUGAUAUGGUCUCCACGAAGCGGCGACAAAAGUGACCAAGUUGAUGAUUGGGCUUUUGAGGAGGGUCCGCAUUCUGAUUUUUCUGGACCAACUUCUGGGAGCACUGCUUGUGUUGCAAUCAUUAGGGGCAACCAACUUGUUGUCGCAAAUGCUGGCGAUUCCCGGUGUAUAAUUUCUAGGAAUGGUCAGGCAUACAACCUUUCAAGAGAUCACAAGCCCGAUCUCGAGGCUGAGAGAGACAGGAUUUCAAAAGCAGGUGGUUUUGUCAUCGCGGGACGUGUCAACGGCAGUCUAAAUCUUGCUAGAGCUAUAGGUGACAUGGAAUUCAAGCAGAACAAGUUUUUACCUGCUGAAAAGCAAAUUUUAACUGCCAAUCCAGAUAUAAAUAUUGUUGAACUUUGCGAUGAUGACGAGUUCAUUGUACUUGCCUGUGAUGGCAUUUGGGAUUGCUUGUCAGGGCAACAACUCGUAGAUUUUAUACGAGAGCAGAUGAAAUCUGAGACUAAGCUUUCUGUAGUCUGCGAAAAAGUACUCGAUAGGUGUUUAGCACCAUCUGCUGCUGGAGGUGAGGGCUGUGAUAACAUGACAAUGAUCUUAGUGCAAUUUAAGAAGCUGGUGCCGGCAUGUACUUCAACGGAUGAUAAAUCCUUUUCGUCUGAGAAUGUGCAAACCGAGUCAAAACCUAUGCCUGCAGAUGAGAAGUUCGUGUUCGCUGAGGAAGUGCAAACCGAGUCAGAACUUACACCGGCAGGUACAUCUGUAGACGAGAAAUCCAUGUCGUUGCAGACGAAGUCGAAACCAGCAGAAACCGAAUCAUAAUGGCUGCAGACUUGUUCAUAACACCUGAUCUUUCUACUUGUAUCUGCAUUUGUACACAAAUUUGUUGCAGCGAAAAGGAUCUAACAUGAGGAUUUGCCUUUUGUACUUUCUUAACCCUUUUACAGUUUCUGUACCAUAUGCUGUCAUUGAAGAAAAUGUAUAGAUCAUUCAACUACAAGUUUUGAACAUCCUUAAUAUCUGUCUUGAAAUGUCUCAAGUGGUGGAUGAAAAGUUUCAUGAGGA